AUGGUGAUUUCAACCAACGACUUUCUCUCUGGUGACCUCGAUGAUCCCUCCACUCAAUUUGAGGGAGUUCGAGAUUCAUUACCGCCAUUCCCUGAUGCUCAUCCGACUCGUACCACUCCCCCCUCUACUCAAUUCCAAGCCACUGAUCCCGCCGUGAUUCUUGGUGACCCAUCAAACAACGACGACAACAAUGAUGAUGAUGUCCUCAUGAACGAUCGACCCGCAGCAUUGAUCGGUUCUGAUCUCUCAAUCGAUCAAGUUUGCUCCCAACUUCAAUUGAAGUUGAAACUUGAUCCUGAGCACUUGAACAUUGCUCAUUUGACCAGCAAGUGCACCCUUGAAGCAAGACACGCGAACACAAUCUUUGCCAUAGCUGCCUUUUCCCAACUCAAGUGUAGCCCUGCCCCAGCAGCCAUCCAUGUGUUUGAUGAAAGAUUCAGGGAUGCGAUCGAUCAACAGCCUGAUGAGUGGAAAGAAGACCACCUCGCCCCUGAGUCAACUCGUGAAGAUCCACCAGCUCUCGAGGCCUAUCGUGAUGCCGUGGGUGAGCUCUUGAAACAUCAACGCAGUAACUUGCGCACCUUGCUGUUGGGAAACAUUCUUGAGACCCAAAGGAUUUCAAUCAAGGGAAGUGUCCCCAACCGCCAUGAGAUGAUCACGGCUAUCUAUGAAGACCUUCCACCUCGUACGGCAAAGAUGACCGCAAGCGAAAUUCAGCACCAGGUCAAUACUAACUGGGCGAUGCGGAUCCGAAUGAGCUACGCCCGGCUUGUCAUGGUCCAUUAUUACGUCCACAAGUCAAAGAAAACCUCCCAAUGGAUGGAAAUCGAUGAACGAUUGGGUGUUUUGAGGGGUUCUUCGAUUGAAUUUCAAAAAUGUCACGCGCAGCUUGUCUUGGACAAAGACAAUGAACUUUUCUCUCACAUGAAGCAUUACAAUGACAUUCCCAAGGAGGAAUUUACUGUCCCUACCCUCGACGACGUUCGACAAGCACAAGCGACAGCGGCUGCAGCACUCGGCAACAGAAACCAAGAAGCAUGAGGUUUUUCUUUUUCUUUCUCCCAAGAU